AUGAGGUUCAACAUCGUAUCCACCCUCGUGGUGGCUUUGGCCGCUGAGUCCGCCGUCGCCAGCACCUGGUUUGGCAAGGCAGCCUACAACAAGUGGCAUGAGACUGAGCUCGAGCGCUGGCUCUCCGACCACGAUGUCCCCUAUCCCACGCCUGCCGAUCGCAAGGAUCUGGAGAACCUUGUCAAGGACAACUGGAACGCCAAGGUCGCUCAGCCCUACAACAGCUGGGACACCCAGCAGCUCCAGUCCUAUCUGGGCUCCAAGGGUCAGGACGUCAAGAAGGGUGCCGAGCAGAACAAGGACAGCCUGGUGGCGUCUGUGAAGGCCUAUUGGUACGAGACCGAGGACCAGGCGUCGAACGCCUACAACAGUGUCAAGGACUGGAUCUUUGACUCCUGGACCGACUCUCAGCUCAAGGCCUUCCUGGAUCGUCAUGGCAUCCCGAGCCCCCAACCCCGCACUCGUGACACGCUCCUCAAGGCCGCACGUGAGAACUACCAGAGCGCUGCCACCAAGGUUGGUGAGACGGCGGCUUACCCCGGCGACUGGCUCUAUGAGUCGUGGUCUGAGUCGGACCUCAAGGCGUGGCUUGAUGAGCGCGGCUACCCCGCUCCUCAGUCCAGCACCCGUGACAAGCUCAUCGCCUCGGUUCGUCGCAACUCGCGACUUGCUUCUGAAUCCAUGAGGUCCGCUCAGUCCUCCGCGUCUGCUUCUGCUGCUUCUGUCCAGGCCUCUCUCACCGACAGCCUUCUCGACGCCUGGUCUGACAGCCAGGUGAAGGAGUGGCUCGACAAGAACGGCGUCAAGGUCCCGCAGGGAUCCAAGCGUAAUGAGCUCAUUGCUCUCGCCCGCAAGCACCGCGCAAAGUUGACUGGCGACAAUGUCGAGCACUCCGUCACUAGCGCUUACGGCGCGGCUACUUCCAAGGCCGGUAACCAAUACGCUCAGGCCACCGAUGAUGCCUCUUUGAAGGCAAACCAGGCCUACGGUGCUGCGGGCUCCUACAUCGAUUGGAUCAAGCAGAAGCUCGGCCUUGCUGCUUCAGACGCCUCUGCCAGCGCCUCCAGCGCUGCCUCGGCCGCGUCGUCUGGUGCCAGCAGCGUCGGUUCUCAAGCCUCGAAGGAUGCGAAGGGCUCUGCCGCUGCGGCUACUGAUGCCGUCAAUGAGAGCGCUUCGGCUGCCAAGCACAGGGCUUCUGAGGCGGCACAGCAGGCCACGGACAAGGUCAAGGAGGAGUUGUAA